CAGCAGUGAAUGCGGAAAACGAAAGAUGGAGGCGGCUGUGUUCAUUCUAUCGCUGGUCGACUGCUGUGCUUUGAUUUUUCUGGCUGUGUACUUCAUAAUUACCCUCUCCGAUCUAGAGUGUGACUACAUCAAUGCACGAGCCUGCUGUUCGAAGUUAAACAGAUGGGUUGUACCAGAGCUGGUAGGCCAGGCCCUGGCAACAGUGCUGAUGCUCGUCUCGCUGCACUGGUUUGUCUUCCUACUCAACCUGCCUGUGGCCGCCUGGAACAUGUACAGGGUUUGGAAGGUGCCCAUGGGAAACAUGGGGGUGUUUGACCCCACUGAGAUCCACAACCGGGGACAACUCAAGUCUCACAUGAAAGAGUCCAUGAUCAAACUCGGCUUCCACCUGCUCUGCUUCUUCAUCUACCUGUACAGCAUGAUCCUGGCACUGAUCAACGAUUGAGAUCCCCAUGGCUGUUUUAAUCCAAUUGGCCAAAUCACAAACUAAUCGGUAUGUGGUGCUCAAUAUGUCUUGGUCCUCAGUCCUCUGCUCAGCUGGAGUCACAUGACCUUACCCCCCCCCCCCCUCUCCCUUCUGUGUUCUCAUAACUGCCCUGGAAUUGUGUGCGCGCUCGCUUGUGCACAUGGGUAUGUGUGUGUUCUUUCGUUCAGCCUGUGUCCAACAAUGCUGUCCAUGCACUGAUUCUCUGGGCAGAUGGAAAACGUGAGAAUUGUACAGGUGCAUACAAUUUAGCAUUUACAGCCAAGAGCCAAUCACAACAGCUAGAACAUCCUCUUGCAACAUGGUGAAUGCCAUAUUUGAUUGUCCAUUUUUUUUGUUUGUUUCUCUUGUCAACAUGCUGGAAAAUCCUUGAAUUUAAUAUCCUUUGCAGAAUACUAACCUGCGUUUUGGCGAUCUAUUUCUAUUAUAUUUUCUCUCUUAACAUCAAUAAGUUAUAGAUCUGACAUCCCCUGACUGCUGAAAGGUUCACAUUUGAUUGGUAUUAUAAAACAAAAAGUGUUCUCAGGGGAAUACAUGCAGCUGGAUUGGAAAAUGGUUUUAUCACUCUGUGUAUCAAUGGGCAAUAUAACCUUGGGCUCGAUUCAAUCCAUAGCGCUGAAGCGCAAUUUCAUUUAAGGCCAUUUCCAAUUGAGCUGACAUGCAGCAUUUAUCACAAAUGCGGGAACAUUGCCUUUUAAAUUUGUAUCGCGCUUCAGAUUGAAUCAAAGCCCUCGUCUGUAUGAUAGUUGUAUGCCAGAAGCACAUUUAUGUCAAUGUGAACACUUCAUUUGUACAGUUUGAGAAUGACCAUGUUCCAGCCAAAUGUACUCCAUGGGGAAGGGCGCGUGUCUCCGAUUGUUUAACUCAAACUAAAAUCACUGUCAAGUUUCAUUUUUGCUUUUGAAAAUAAUUUGUGGGGUUUCUUAAAUAAAUAAACUUGAAAGAGAACA